CAUUCUGUCUUGCCAGUUGCCAUAGAACUUCUCGGGAAGCCAAAGCAGGAUUUGCCUAUAAAUUAAGAACCAGUUAUCCAAAGUUUUACAGUUAAAAAGCAACACUGCGAUGGCAUUCCAAACUUGUCUCUUCUUCUUUUGUUUGCUAACUCUUCAGAGCUAUCAUAUCCUCUCCAUCGAAGCUGCAACUGCUACCAAAUUGUAUAUUGUGUACUUGGGAGAGAGGAAGCAUGAAAACCCAAAGCAUGUGACUGACUCACACCAUGACCUGCUCACUUCCCUCUUCGGAAGUGAAAUGGAUACCCUGGAUUCUAUAGUUUACAGCUACAAGCAUGGCUUCUCAGGCUUUGCAGCCAUGCUUACCGAAGAGCAAGCAGAACGAUUAGCAGAGUCAUCUGACGUGAUCAGUGUACAGCUGAGCAGAAACUAUGAGCUGCAAACAACACGGAGCUGGGAUUUUCUGGGACUGCAGUAUGAUCAUCCAACUCAACUUCUCGAGAAGAGCAACUAUGGAGAUGACAUCAUCAUAGGAAUCGUGGAUACAGGGAUAUGGCCGGAAUCCAAAAGCUUCAACGAUGACGGCUAUGGACCGAUACCAUCACGGUGGAAAGGCGUGUGUCAGGUCGGCGACGCCUUCGGCCCCGCCAACUGCACCCGCAAGAUCAUCGGCGCACGCUACUACAGUGCCGGAAUCGACCCCGCCGAGCUAGAGAAGGACUUCCUCUCUCCCCGCGACUUCAACGGCCAUGGCACCAUCACCGCCUCUGUUGCCGCCGGCUCCAUUGUGCAUGGUGCCAACUUCCACAGCUUGGCCGCAGGGGUUGCUCGCGGCGGCGCGCCCCGCGCCCGCCUCGCAGUGUACAAGGCCGUGUGGGGCAGCGCCCGCGGGACUGGUGCUGCCAACAGCGCCACCGUUCUGGCGGCUAUCGACGACGCCAUCCACGACGGGGUGGACGUGUUGUCGCUGUCGCUGAUUGUGCCGCACGAGGAUUCAUUUGGGGCGCUGCACGCGGUGGCGAAGGGGGUGACGGUGGUGUACGCGGGCGGGAACACUGGGCCAACGGCGCAAACCGUGGCCAACACCGCGCCGUGGGUCAUCACAGUCGCCGCGAGCACCAUCGAUCGAGCGUUUCCGACCUCGAUCAGGCUGGGAAACAACCGAGUGCUUGUGGGUCAGUCGAUCUUCUACAACUCGACUUACGGAUCCGGCAAAUUCUGGCCUCUUCUCUACGGUGGAAGAUGCACACAAGAUUCUCUAAAUGGCACAGAUAUAAGCGGAUCGAUCGUGCUUUGUUAUUCAACCGACUUAAUGUUACCUUCAAGCAUCUUGAAUGCCGGGGGAAAGGGCAUCAUUUAUGCACAGUACACCACGAAUCUCCUUGAGAGGACUCAGUGCAGAGGCCUGAUCUGUGUCCGUGUAGACUACAACGUCGGCUACCACAUUAUCCAAUAUAUAGCUACAGCCAGUUCACCCGAAGUAGCAGUGGACCUGACACAAACUGUUGAAGGACAAGGAGUAUUGUCUCCGAAAGUAGCAUGGUUCUCUUCGAGAGGGCCAGCUUUACUAUUCCCUGGUGUAUUAAAGCCUGAUAUUGCGGCACCUGGUGUGAGCAUCUUGGCAGCGUAUAGGGAUAGGUACGGGUUCGGCUCAGGAACAUCGUUAGCUUGCCCACAUGUAUCAGGAGUUGUCGCUUUGCUCAAGGCCCUCCAUCCUGACUGGUCUCAUGCUGCAAUCAAAUCUGCACUUGUGACGACAGCAUCGAACGUCAACGGCUACGGCAUGCCGAUACAAGCAGAGUCGCUUCCACGGAAGAUCGCCGACCCAUUCGACUUCGGCGGCGGCCAGAUUGAUCCCAACAGGGCCGCCAAUCCCGGUCUAGUGUACGACAUCGAUCCGCAGGAGUACUACAAGUUCUUCAACUGCACUGCAGGGCAGUUUAGCAUAUGUGCGCAGGUACUGGAGCCUGUGUACAACCUGAACCUUCCUGCCAUCUCUGUUCCUGAUCUCAUCGCCGCCAAAACUAUUCGGAGGACGGUCACCAACGUCGGCAAAGCGGAUGCCGUCUACAAAGCGUCUAUCGAGUCGCCGCCGGGUGUUCAAGUGACCGUGGAGCCAUCGACCCUCGUGUUAAAUGCCAGUGCCAAGGUGCACAGUUUCGAGGUGACUUUCAUGGCGAUCCACAAGCUGCAAGGAAAUUAUGUGUUUGGCAGCUUGACGUGGUCCGAUGGCGAGGGCCACGUCGUGAGGAUUCCGAUCGCGGUUCGCGUUGUGAUUCAGGAGUCCUAUGCAGAUGUUGCAUGAGGGAAUUUAGGACAUGAAAAGUAAAAAUGAAAUACUCAUCUGUUUUAGCUGAUCAGUGUGAAGAAUAAAUACGAUCGAUAUAUGGUAUCAAGUAAUCUUGUCUUUAAAGCUGUAAACGAGUGUUUAUGAUGCCUUCAAGAGAGUUAGUGUCUUGCCGGCGUAUUGUUUUUCUCGCCUUAAACAUGUCAUCAAUGAUAUGCAUAGAGCAUUGUUGUA